UGUGUAUGUUACCUUGCAAAGACCCUCAACAGCCAUGGGCGAAUAUAGCCGGUUCAUCGAUUGGGAUAAGAUGGAUGCUUCUAUCCAGGACCAGGACUCAAAAGAACUGACCAGCACGGAAUUCCAAGAUCUGAAGCAGCUGGCUCGUCAGGGUUAUUGGGCCAAGAACCACUCCUUGAGAGCCAAAGUAUAUCACAAACUGAUCAGUAAUAUCCCUUGCCGGACAGUGACACCGGAUGCCAACGUCUACCGGGACAUUGUCGCGAAGAUUGUAGGCAAGCGUAACAGCAGCGCCCUCCCGCUGCCGGAAUUUGUGGACGACAGCUUAGUCCCCACGUACUGCCUGAACGCGGAGGGCGUGGGGGCGGCGAGGAAGAUCAUCUCGUGCAUUGCGAGCCAGUUCCCGGACAUCUCGUUCUGCCCAGCCUUGCCCUCGGUGGUGGCGCUCCUCCUCCACUACAGCCGGGACGAGGCGGAGUGCUUCGAGAAAGUUUGCCGCAUCCUGGCCUGCAACGACCCCUCCAAGCGCUUCAUCGACCAGACCUUCUUGGCUUUCGAGUCCUCCUGCAUGACCUUCGGCGACCUGGUGAACAAGUACUGCCAGGCGGCUCACAAGCUGAUGGUGGCGGUGUCCGAGGACGUUCUGGAGGUGUACUCCGACUGGCAGCGGUGGCUCUUCGGCGAGCUGCCCUUGACGUACAUCGCACGGGUCUUCGACGUGUUCCUGGUGGAAGGCUACAAGGUGCUCUACCGCGUCGCCCUGGCCCUCCUGAAAUUCUUCCACAAGGGGAGGGUCGGGCAGACGAUGGAGUCGGACAAUGUGCGGCAGGACAUCCGGGCUUUCGUGAGGGACAUCAGCAAGUCGGUGUCCCCGGAGAAGCUGCUGGAGAAGGCAUUUGCCAUCCGGCUCUUUUCGCGGAAGGAGAUCCACCUUCUGCAGAUGGCGAACGAGAAGGCUCUUCAGCAGAAAGGCAUAACGGUCAAGCAGAAGAGGCAGAACGUCCACCUGGCGGUUCACGCCGAGAACUUCAAGUCCGAGAUCGUGGACCUGAAGAAGAUGAGGGACAUCUGGUCGUGGAUUCCCGAACGCUUUGCUCUGUGCCAGCCCCUGUUAGUUUAUACUACCUCGGAGCACGGCUGCAGCUUGAGCAGGUUCUUUCUGCACUGCGAGGGACACGAGCCGACUCUCCUCCUGAUUAAGACGACGGCCCAAGAGGUCUGCGGUGCUUUCUUGUCAACAGACUGGAACGAACGCAAGCGAGGAGGAGGGAAGCUGAGUUUCUUUGGGACGGGGGAAUGCUUCGUGUUCAGGCUGGUGCCCGAAGUGGAGCGCUAUGAGUGGGUGGUGAUCAAGCACCCGGAACUAGCCGUGAUGGGUCUUGAACAAGGAGCCGGUCCUCCUCAGGCGGCCGACCCUUUGUCCUCUGCCAGCAUUCCCUCCGACCCUUCGGACCGCCUCUCCCCCUUCCUUUCUGCCCGGCACUUCAACCUGCCUUCCAAAGCUGCGUCCAUGUUCAUGGCCGGCGACCGGGAAUGCAUCAUCAUAGGCGGCGGUGACGGCCAGGCUCUCUACCUGGAUGCCGAUCUGAACCACGGGAGGACCGGCCACUGCAACACCUUCAACAACCAGCCGCUGUGCUCGGAGACCUUCCAGAUCGCGGUCAUGGAGGUCUGGGGCUUCAUCGACACCAUGAGCAGCUGA